AUUCCUGUGUUUCCCCCGCAAUAAGGGUAUGUGUUAACAUGUCUUGCUGCGCACGGUGCGGCCAAGGCAUCUGUUCGACUGCUGGUAAAAUCGCGCUUAACAAAGUCUGGCAUAAGGGCUGUUUCUGUUGCUAUAACUGUAAUCGACCGUUGAAUGUGCGCUCGGCCAAAAUCUACUACGGAGAGGUUUUCUGCGCCUGCUGCUGUCCUCCGAAGGAGGUGUGCAGAGUUAACUCGACACCGAGCUUCAAUUACUGCGAGAGGAUGAGGACGGUUUGCUGCAAGUCGAGCGACUCUGAUGACUGCCCCCGCGACGUCCACUCCUGCAGCUGCAUCCCCUCCUGCUGCCAAACUCCCUGUCCUUGUCAAGCCUGCUGCGAAGAAUCCUGCUGUGAAGAUCGCUGUUUCAAGCGCAUCCACUGCCGUCCCCGCUCCCCCAAACCCCUCAAUUAUCCUCCACGUCCUCCCAAAUGCACUUGCAACAAAUGUUGUCCUCCUCCUCCAAUGAAACGUUGUCCGGAUCCUUGCUGUUCCAGGAAAAAAUCCUGUCGACCUCCUCCCUGCCCUCCCACUCCACGUUGCCCUCCACCUCCACGCUGCCCUUCCCCACAACGUUGUCGAUCGCCAUGUCCUCCUCCCUCCAAUAAUUGUUGCAAGAACAAAAUGAUUUAUUUUCGACCUCGAUGUCCGAGUCCUUCAUGCGGACGUAGUCGAAGUUGUAAACCACGUCCUUGCAAGAGAUGUUGUUCGUGUGAAGAUAGAUGUAAGAGAUGUGGAGAGAAAGUUUUUGCAGCUGAGAAGGUUUUAACGUCGCAUGGGUCCUAUCAUUUGGGGUGUUUUUCUUGCUAUUGUUGUUGCAAGUCGUUGUGUGUGAAGACGAUGUAUGAGGCGUGCGGGGAGAUUUAUUGCAGACAGUGCUACAAUAACUACUUCGGCAUCAGCAGUUACGGCUACUGCGGCAACGUCUGCUGACGUCAUUUCACCACCAAUAAAAUAACAAAAAGCAA